UCUUCUUGCUCCUUAUCUUAUCCGUAUGGGUGCAACUGUGCGUGCGAGGGAGGAGUAGCUAGCAGAGAAGAGUGUAGUCGUGUGUUGUUCCCUCUUCAGUUUUCUUCAUCCAAAUACAUAAACAUUGUUGGGUUGUGGUCCGAAACCGAAUGGCUCUUUCUUUCUCUCAGUCGGUGGUUAAGGUUAACGACCAUCUCCCUCUCCCCCUCCGUCGAAACCCACCCUGCUCUACUUCGUUCCCCUUCCAAUUCAACCCCAAAUUUCCAUCCCUAACCCUUGGAAUCCGAUGCUCCUCCGCUUCAGCUUUCAACGACAAAACCGUCAUUUCCCUCAAACCCAGAACUCCAAACGACGUUACUCUCACCCAAAACGUCAACGCUUUUGCCUGUCGCGCUACAACUUCCCAGUUUGGAGUGCAAGAGAGUGACAAGUCAUAUGUAGAAGCCUAUGCCAUUGGCCGGAAUAUUCGUAUCGCUGACAAAGCGCGAAGAGUGAUUGAUCAGAUUCGUGGACGAUCAUAUGAGGAAACACUUACUAUAUUAGAACUCAUGCCAUAUCGAGCCUGUGAAGCCAUUAUCAAGAUAGUAUUUUCAGCAGGAGCAAAUGCUAGCAACAACUUGGGUUUAAGCAAAGGAAGUUUGGUUAUUAGUAAAGCAGAGGUUAAUGAAGGAAAGACAAUGAAAAGGGUCAGGCCCGUGGCUCGGGGUCGGGCUUAUCAAAUUAGAAAGCGCACUUGUCAUAUAGCAAUCACUGUAAGAGGUUUACCUAGUAAGUCUGUCGUGGAAGCAACUCCUGCAUAAUCCUACAAGGGAUAAAAUAUGUGUUGUUAUGAUUGUACUCUUACCAUUAUACGCAUGAAUAUUUCCGCAUUUUGACGUUAUGUUGUAUCUUCUGCAGUGAUUCAUAGAGGAUUAUAAGCAUGUUGUGAGUGUAUGGCUAUGACUGAACUGUUUGAAAAUUCAAUUUAGUUCUGAAAAUGAAAUAUUUAGCUUCAACUUGUGUGAAGCGUGAGCAAUUCUGCUA